UUUAACCAUGUGUCAAACAAACUCCACUGUUUUGGUUUUGGUUAUGGUAAUGGUGGGAAAUGUUAAAAGGAAGUAGAUUAAGAAUAAAUUUUCGGGAGGAAAACCAUGCGAAGUUCAAUACGGCAUGGAAAGAAACGAACUAUUUUUGAAAGUAAAAUAUGUAUCUCCGAAAUUGAAAGAUGCGCUUCGUAAGCGCCUCAAGGAGCAGGUGAAGCAGAGGCGCGAUGGCUACGUCAACAAGCUGCGCCACCUCGGCGAAGAGGAGGGGGGCGACGAGGGCGGGGACGGGGGCCCCACGAGGGGCGAGGCCCCGGCCCGGCCCGCUGGCGGGGGCGGAGCCCUGGGCGAGGCAGGUCAGCACACUGAGCAGGAGCUCGCUCUCCGCACCCUGGAGGAGAUAGAGAGGGAGGCGUUGACUAGGGAAGAGGCGUGGUUCCUGGAGCAGUGCGAGCAGUUCCUGCGGGAGGACGACGCGGUGCUGGACUCCCUGCUGGCGGCCGUCGCCGGCGAGGGAGUGCUCUGCCCCCUCUGCUCCCGCGCCGUGCUGACCGAGUCGGAGCCGGGCCUGGUGGGCUGCCCCGCCUGCGGGGGGACCCUCCACUGGCCGGGCUCCCUCGCCGGCCUGGGCCACGCCCUGGGCCAGCACGUCAGCGCCCACCUCCGGGCCUGCCCGCAGCAGCCGGGCUUCGCGGUCGUGCCCGAGGGAGACCGCCGAUCCCUCGCCAUCGCCUGCACCGCGUGCGGCCUCUUCCACCUCGUGUAGCGGCCGUGCUGCCGGGAGCCAGAACCAUUUCAACGUAUGCAGCGUUUAAUGUGCGUGACUCACAUUCAUCACUUCUUGUUAUAUAUCUAACUCCGAAGGUGAAGUACACCAUUUUCAUCUAUUAUGAAUUAUAGUUGGCACGACUAAAACAUUUAAUGUUCUUUAAACUAAUCAUGCAGGGAGCAGCUAUGUCAAACAUACACACCCAUGUACAUUCCGUAGAAGGAAUUAAGUGAUGAAAAUAACAACACAGACGAACAUGUUGUGCUGUCUGAUGUUUAAGUUUGAAUGUGUUCCCGUCUGUUCUGUCGUUGUGUUGUCCAUAAUACCUGCAAUACUUUAAAUUAAUGUAAGUUGUAUAUCUUCCUUUCAUCUGAGAAAUUUUCAAAGGGACCGAUGUGUAUUUGUGCACAAUUUGUGUAUGUAUCUACCAGGUCCUGAAAUAUUGAAACUUAGGCUGGGGACAAUUUUUAUUUAAGAAUUCUCUUAAAUAGUUUCAUUGACAAUAACUUCAAAUCGCAAGACUAUCAUUUUUGUAAAUGACUUAAGAUGUGUGUCUUUCUGGUCAUUUGUGUAAUGAAGUCAUCUGUUUUGUGAUUUGUUGUAAAAAAAAAAUAUAAGUGUUCAUUAAUGUACCAAAAUACAUGCACAUAGAAAACAAUUAUUUAGUUAUCGUGUUGAAACUACAGUUAAUAGUUUUUUCUUGACCAUUUUAGAAAUCCUCUACAAAUAUGAAGUUCACAUUAAUUUCAAGUCUGAUUUGAUAGCAGAAAUGUUGUUUUUAAUAGGAAACAUUGUUGCUUUGUCCCCCCUUCGUAAAACUUUCAGUAAUUAUUGAAAUACGAAGACACUGCUCACUCUUGGAGGGUUAUGUCCUAUUGUGGGCUCAUGAAGAAUGGUCUGUGCUCGAUAAUAAAUGAUUCGUGAAUUAGCGUCAUAAGUGUAAGCGUUAGGCAGGGAGCAAUUGCAAGAGCGGGCCAGGGCUUGAGUAUACACAGUCUCUUAUUACUGAUAAAAUUGGAAGUAAAUAUAAAAAAUCAACUGCUUAUGGUUUCUGAUGGUAUUACUGCAUUCAAUUAUAAUUGUAAAUUUUUUAAAUAUUGGUAUAAAUAUUUAUUGGUUGUACACUGUACAGGUAUAAUUUACGCACGGCUCUCUUUGUAUUAAAUCUGUUUAGUAGCUACCAUUCUCUGUCAUGUCCCAUCUGAUGCCAGUUGAACGUUCAGGGCAUGUUUGUUCAACUCCGUGGUUUCAGCCUGUGUCAUCUUCGGCCAGGCCAAGUGCGACAGAAUGUAGUAUUACAGUGUCCCUGGAACACCAUUGGUAACAUCUGCCGUGGUUCUCGUAUACGAAAACCCAGAAGGUUGCAUGAGAUGUUAAACCUGUGACAUUAUGGUUAAAGCUCCAAAUACUAACAUUUUGAUCUUUCUUCCUCCUAGCAGUCAGUUCAAAUCCUUUUUUUCAACAUAUUCUUUAGGGGAUUAUGAUAUAUGAUUAACUACUCCAACACAAAACUGCCUGCUGCAAUUAAUCAGUAUCCAGAUUGUUUCACCAUUUGUUAACGACAUUUUGCCUCAUACUGGAAUACUGUCAUGUGUCAAAGUGGAGAAAUGUUUUCGUACUGUGUAAUGCUUGUUGCAAGUGUGAACCAAAUGCAGUGUAGAUGACAAAAUAUAAACUAAGCUAGAACUAGGGCUGGAUAGAAAAAAUGGUCAAAAAACCAUAAAGUCAUUAGUAUUUGAUAGAUUUUUCAUUCAAGGAAAAAAGAAUUAAAGAAAAAUAUUUGUGACAGAGAAGUUCAUAAAUUCAUACACUGUUUUAGUUGACAAGAAAUACAUUAUUUAUCUCUAAAGAAGCUGUCAACGGAAAAAUAAUUGUUUAUAUUGGCCACUAGCUACAACACAAUGUGAAAAUUUGUUUACCGCUGUAGAAAAUAGGGAUGUGCCGAUUCAUGAAAAAACCGAUUCAGAUUCGAACUGCCAAUUCCGAUUCCGAUUUAUUCCGAUUCCGAUUAUUUAAUUAAUUUCUGGUAAACAUUUGGUACAGUAAUUUUUUUUGUAAUAUUUAAUAGAUAAUAGUAUAUGAAACUUUAUCAGUAAAUGUAGGUACUUACAUCAUUUGAAGGUGAGACACUUAUUUAUUUCAAUCCCUCCUCCCACAUUUUACUACUUAUAAUGAAAUUAUUUAGUCCUUGCAGUGACUUUUUUCAAAUUGGCCUGGAUUGAAUAAGCCUACUAAAUAUCAGAGUUUGCAGCAAAGUGAAAUAAAUUAGAUCUAAAACACUAUUUACAAUUAUUUUAAUUUUAAAAUAGGUUGGAUAAAUCUCAUUUUCUAGAUCAUUACCAACUACCUUAAAUUAAUUCUUUAUUUUGAAAACUAAAUCAGUAAGAGUAUCAGAACACUGUAAGAUUCUUUACAAGAACAUCAGCUUUUGAAGAGUCUGUGAGUGAAAGAGUAAUUUGUGUAUAACUUGUCAGUUCAUAUUAAAUUCAGAAUAAGAAAAGCGUCAAUUUUAUCUUGUAGUAGAAUUAACCUUAACAUUGCUUUAAAAAAACACAGUACCAACACAUCUGCAAGAAAUUACCGUUAAACUAAUAGUUUUUCUUCACGUAUGCAAAAGCAACAAAAAAAUUUCUAGAAUUCAUAUAUUCUUAAUGGAAAAAUUGUUCAUUACAAUUUCAGCAAUCAAAAAGCAUUCAACUAAAUACCAAACAAACUAACAUAUUUGACUUACCGUCGCGUAUACCUCUCAUUCUCAUCACCACAGCCGGACAUUUUUUUUUUCAAAAUAAAAAAAAGUAUACAAGAUACUGUAUACUGCUGCUAUGCCAGCGCACCAAGCGACAGAAUUUAUUCCCAUGCCAAACUCGCCCAUUAGACAAUCCGUUUUCUUCCUAACCUGUAGUAGAAUUAACCUUUAUUGCACGCAAGAAACGACAGAUUAACAUGCGUGAACUUAGUUUUUAUUUAAAAUUAAAUAUUUUUUGUAUCAAUUUUUAGUGCUCAUAAUUAUGCGCGAUCAUUGCAGUACAGGUUUUUUUACCACUGGAAAAAAUAACAUCGUUCUGCCUUAUGAGGUUUUGGUAAUUGUUUGAGUGUUUCCGUUAAUUUAAAUCUGGGUAUCGUAGUGAAGUAUGUACUGAACUUUAAUUAAAAAAUUAUCUGUAUAAAGUAUAAGUCUAUAAAUUAUUACAAUCGGAAUCGGAAUAAAUCGGUCGUUUUCCGAUUCUUUGAGAAUCGGUGAUUUACCUGAAAUCGGCCGGUUCCUAUCUCUUGCCGAUGCAUCGGUAACAUCCCUAGUAGGAAACAUAUUUCAUACAAAAGGAAAUUGUUUGUAUUAUAAACAUUAAUUGUUAUUUUUAUCUAAAAAAAAUAAAAAUCAUAUAAAUUGAAUAAUUUAUGAAAACUUAAAUUAAUUUUUUUAUUCAUUUAUUAUUUCAUUGCUAGGGACAAUAUUAAAUGGUGAAAAGAAUGUUAUAACAUUGCAUAACACCGAAAAGCAAGUUAUAUCAUGAAUUAAGUAGCAUUUAACAAAAACUUAGUUAAAAUCAUAAUAAAAGGAAUGUUUUAAUGUUUGAAAUUCAAGGAAAGUCAUUAUUUCCGGAAAAAAAUUGCACCAAAGUGUAUGGUUCAGAAAAAUUUAUUUAAAUUUUGUUUUAUUGUGCGUCUCUUAUUGAAUUAGUUCUAAACCAUUAAUGCUCACUAAUUUAUUGUGAUUGUUCGGAAUGUGUCUUUCAGCAUAUUAUCUUGUCCCUUCUCAUAAGGAGAAACCUCAUCUCAAGUUGUCAUGUUUAUUCAAAGUACUGAAACAAAAUAUGAUUCCACACAAAUAUAUUAUUGCUAAGUUAUAGUAAUAAACUAGUUUGAAUACAUUUGAUUAAUACAAAUUUCACUAGAGCAUGUUACAUCAACUGACUGUACUUAUGGAGCAGUGAUGGUAUUCAUCUGGCCAUUGGCAUCGCUUCAUAUGGCUCACGUCAAAUAUCUUACAAUAAAAAAAAUAUCAGUUAUACGGUUGUUUGUGAACUGUCUUUGUUUGCAUUUGUAAAAUAAGUUGUCAGCAGACACUGUUCUGAAGCCAUAAUAUACUGGCAGGUAUAUUGAAAAAAUGUUAUAAAUAUUUUUGUCAUAGUUUCACGUUUUCAUUUUUAAAUACUGUUUUUAAGAUACAUAAUUAUUUUUCAUUAUGUGUUGCAAUUUAUUGGUUAUUCUACAAAAUAAUAUGACAUUGAAAAUUGUUGUAUGAAAUUUAAUGUUAAUUAAAUUAUUUAUGGCCCUCGAAAAGAGUUAAGUUGGCUAUCAUUGGGCGGUUACACAAUCCCAGAUAUGGCAUUCUAUGUAACGGGGAGCCAGUCUCUCAUAGUGUACAUAGUAACAAAUGUAGUGAUUAACAGAAACUUUUGAGGACCUAUGACAUUUCUGCCUCAUCUACAUGUCCUAUGUAUGGAAUUAAUAACCGUAAUCACUCGCGUAAUGUCCGCAGUAAUUUGACCACAUUUUUGGCCAAAAAAAUGGGGUGCGAACAUUAUGCGAGGAAAAAUAAAAAAUACAAAAUUUUGUGUCUUAAUUAUUACUAAAAAGGCACAAAACGUAUCUAAAAUCAAUUUGGAUUUCACUAGCUAUUUUAAAAGAAUAUUGCUGCGGGAUUGCUUGCAAACAACCCGGAUUAGACCAUGUUUACUUUGCUGUAAUUGCCACCGGUAACUGUCUCGCACCCGCCGGAACAUUAAAAAAAAAUACGCGCUACACUGAAAUAAGUGUGGUUACGUGUGCCUUAUUAAUGUGAUUAAUAUGUGAUGGAUUAAAACGGCUAUUAACGGCACGGCUGCAAUAUUUUAGCCGUACCAUAUCCUUACGUGUGGCGCGUAGGGAACCAGCGAGCUGGCAACAGCGCAGUGACUCACCAGUUCCACAUCUGCUGCGCUCUGUAGUCCCCCCCCCCCUCCCGAAAAUCUGAUGGCCUUCGUGACGUAGAGAAGGAGGAAAGGGAAGGAAACAUUUAGAGCGUGAGAAUGGCCAAGGGAGGGAUUCCAACCAAAUGUAAACAAAGAGGGGUUCUGUUCUGUCCUGACACGUAAAACAGGGUACACACUAAUUAAAGUUGACGUUUCUUUUACGCUGCGCUGCGUGUCUUACCUCAACAGAAAACAAGACUGAUCCACGCCGUGUUGCAUUUGUUGACUGCAACUGUUCUUUUAUUUUCUGCCACUGACGAACACUUUUUUCGUGCACUUCAAACUCCCUUUCAGCAGCCCUGUUUCCAUGCUCUUCAGCAUAACGAACAACUCUUAAUUUAAACCGCGCAGUGAAGGAUUUAUAUUUACCCAUUCUGUACUCUACACUACAAAACUCGACGCGAAACUCAUGCCUUGAACUUGCGUGCGUGUUGGUCAGCUGUGUUUACCGUUACCGUGCUUUGUUCAGUCUUUGAAUAUAUAUACUGUAUAGAAGUCGCCAGCCCAGGUUAAAAUUUCUAAUACGGUUUUGAGGUAGUUGGUUAAUUCACCGCCGCAAUCGCCACCAUCUAUAGGGCAUCGACUUGUGGUGGUCCCUAGCGGACAAGUGUCGAACUCUUCAAACACCCCUUCCCCCUCCUGUUGAACGACGUUGAACUGCAGUGAAUGAUGGAUGAGGGGUGCGGGGUAUGACAGCAGGCGACAGCGCUGCGCUCUAACGUGUAAAUAACAACUAAGACGAUACAGGGCGUUACGGCAGCGCACUGCAGCGGUGAAGUUCCCAAGCUGCUCAUCAUACCCUUCUGAAAAACGUAGAGUAAAUCCUAUCCACUCGCGAGUUCUAUACAGUAUAUAUAUUAAAAGGUUCAGUUCAACGAAUUUCCCCACCCUUUCAGGACAGGAGAGAAAGGACAGCUCAAGGUCAUGGCUUUGUUUACAGAGCUGUCAACUAUCCAUUCAUACUGCGUCCUUUAGGGGUGGCCAAAGUUGUGUUGCCCGCCGUAGACGACUGGUGCGGACAUUAUGCGAAUUUUAAAUUUUUUCUUUUAAGGAUAUAUAAAUAAAGGGUGCGGACAUUAUGCGAGGGCGGACAUUACGCAAGUGAAUACCAUUUAUCAAGUUAUUGAGAAAUUAAAAAUAAAUACUAUUUGGAUUUUUGUUUCUGCAUAUGAUUCAAGCAUACAUUUGAAUUAUCAUGGCUGAUAUAACUUAAAGUAAUUGAACCCAUUUAUAAAUGCAUCAUGUGUGUGUUAGUGUGCAUGUUUGUGUGUACACAAGCACGUGUCGAAAUGUAUCUAUGUUUCGUGCGGGGACUUCAGGAGAAACUGAGGGUCUGGGGGCAAAUAAUUAUUUCCCUAUUAGUUAAUGUAAAACUUCUCAAACUACACAGUAAAAAAAAAGUUCUAAAAACUAAACUUUUGAGCUCUGCACAUUACAUUACAUGUAAUGUUUCAUAUGAAUUCUUUUUUUACAAUAGUUUCGUAAUUUUUGUCCUGAGCAUUAAAAAAAAUCUUGUAACUCAAUCAGGGCGCCGCUGGUGUGAGUGGUUCUGGGGACUGUGCCCCUCCCCCCCUCGUCCAUUCCUUCUGAUAGACCUGUGGUCCGGACUGCAUUCCCCUCGCUCUUCGCUCUUGGUAGAAAUGUCUAAGCACUUUUGUAUUUCCAGGUCGUAUUGUGUUGCAGACAAGGUUGGGUGACAUCUGUGUACCCGGAAUGGAGAUGGGAGAUACAACCCCUCCUCCCGAAAUCCUGAAAAAAAGCUAUAAUUCCCACCAACAAAUGGUAAGAAUUUGAAAGCAAACAGGUGCUUCAAUCCCCCCCUUCUCCCUUUGAAAUGAAAUUCUGAGUAGGUACCCUCCUGUCCUAAACAACUUCAUGUCUGUCAUGGUCAUCUUUUACAUGUCGAAGGGAGUUCAAAAUUAUGAUUGUGCCAUUUUCAGAGAUGGUUUCAAAAAUGUUGACUUCAACUUUAACAUAUUGUUAUUGAUAGUCAUGAAAAAUUUGUUAUCUAGAUUCUAUCUACAUAAGUUAAAUCAUGUUUAAUUCGCUUUAGUAUGAUUAUAUAUUAUAAUUUUUUUAAAUCACCCAAUUUUUUUUUCUCCAUGCUAUUAGUGAAGUAAUUGAAAUGCUCUCUGGCAUCAUUAUUUUAAUAUGAAUGAAAACUGAAUUAUAAUUUGGACUUCCACAUGUUUUUGCUCGACACAUUUUGUGUUAGCAUUGCAAUAGCUGUCGGUGUCCAUUGAGAUGUUUUAAUAUAUACUUUUGAAAAUCUAAUGGCAAUAUUUCACACAUUUAGUUGUGGGUUUUGAUUUUACUGUCAAUCAAUUGUAUUGUAUUUUUUGUAUUGUGUAUUAGGUUUUUAGCAUUAGAAAAUUUAAAAUCUUCUAAAAAAAAAAUAAUUUGAUUUCUUAUCUCAAUUAAACCCAUUAGUAAUGUUUAUGUUUUGUUAACAUCAUAUAAAUGUGAUGCAUGUCCACAACUUCAAAUUAAAACUGCAACACACUCCUUGGACUGACAAGUUUUAAUUUGGAUGAAAAAAAAAAGUGAAUGAAUCAUUUGAAAAGUUGCACGCGUAUUUGCUUGGAUACCUAUUUUUACAUAAUAUACUUGUAUUGUGUUUUCUAUCAUUUUCACAUAGUUAACACAACUGUUUGUGAAACAGUGUUAUUAAUUUGUAAACGUAAGCAUGUUAAGUUUUUAUAAACAUGGUUCAUUGUUUUGUUGAUUUUUUUUGUUAUAUUCAUGUACAGUCUUUGAUAAAUGUAUUUUUAUACAAUUAAAAA